CUGGGCGCUGCGGUCGGAGCUCCGGUGGCGGGGCUGCACGCCCGCCAGGAGCGGCGGCGGCGAGCGGUUUCUGGCAGGAGCGGAGCGGGUCAGAGCCGGGCCCCGUUUCCUGAGCCCCCCGGGCCGGGGGCUGCGGGCCGGCCUCGCUCCGUUGCUGAAGUACGAGGAGUGCUUCGUCCUCUUGGCGGUUCCUGUUAUAUACACACAGCUAUAAGUACAGGAGUCUUCGCGCCUACUGCUGAAAACGGCGGUUCUCUUAGAGCCUUGGAGUUACACGCAGAUUAUUAGAAGUCAUUUAAACUAAAUGUAGCGUACUAAGGAUUUCAUAGGUAAAAAUAAGGGAAAAUGUCACGGCCUUCGCUAUCGAUCUGCGGCUGUAUUUACAUUUACACUUGACCUGGUGGUCUCAGGCAUCUACAGAGCAGUUUUUGAAAAUAGCCCUGCCUUUUUUGUAAAAGUUGUCACUCGGUGUGGCAUGGUUGAUUUAAGUGUUGGUAAGGUUUUUUAUAACUAUUAGCACCUAAUUUUUAAUUAAGGGGCUUGCCAAAAAUCUGGAAAGCGCUCAGUGGUGUUCAGAUUUCCAGGCUUUCUGCCUUCAUGUUGGUUUGAAUGUGAUAACACAGGUCUAAUCGAACACAGAAAGAGAAAAACAGAAGUUAGGAUUUAAGUUAAAAACACUGCCAACAACUGAACGCUUUUCUUGUAAGUUUUGCAGGUGCUGUGUCAGUUUCUGACCUGGGAUGUCAGAGGACCUGCAGCAUCAUUGCAGUCCUGUGGUGUGGAUGGAACUGACUUAAUUUCCAUAGGUUGUAAGGAAUUGGCUUGAUUGUAGUAUUAUAUAUGAAUUGUGGUAUGGUGAAAAAGCAAUGGUCAACACACAUACUGAUGUGCCUGAAAGACAUCUGAACAAAUAACUCCUUAAAAAGGUCAGCCACUGAUGCGUUUCACAGUUGGUGCAGACCUAGGGCAGAUGCUGGGUGGCAGUAAGUGCUCAGAAAGGAGGUGGCUGACCAACUGUGUACUUCAGUGCAUCCCCUGUCACUGGAGAGACUGCUUUGCAGUCACAGUCUGGAGCUUGUGUACUGAUCAGCCUCAGUUAUGAGGAGUGAUUAUCUCUUAAUAUCUAGGGCGUGAAAGUCUAGCCAGCUGGAGGAAACUUAAAAUCAUUGGUUUUUCAACAACAGGCCCAUGAACCAGUUUCUUUGAGAUCUUUCAUUGCUGAGAUUCAUCAGUGCUGAGCUAACAAGAGGUUACUUCCUUGAACACAAUGAAGCAAAAUACACAGAGCGGAGAGAAAGAGUAUACACAUGCAUGCGGAUACCAAAAGAACUGGAAAAGUUGAUGUUUUUUGGAAUCUUUUUGUGCCUGGAUGCUUUUCUGUAUGUAUUCACCCUGCUUCCUUUGAGAGUUUUUCUGGCAAUGUUCCGGUUCAUCACUUUGCCUUGCUAUGGCUUACGCUCUCAUUGGGGCCUAACAGCAAGUGAUAGACGUUUGCUACAACCUGCUCAGGUAUGUGACAUUCUCAAAGGAGUUAUAUUGGUCAUCUGCUACUUCAUGAUGCACUAUGUUGACUACUCUAUGAUGUAUCAUCUGAUAAGGGGACAGUCUGUCAUAAAGCUCUACAUCAUCUAUAACAUGCUUGAGGUGGCUGAUCGUCUGUUUUCUUCAUUUGGACAAGAUAUUUUGGAUGCUCUUUAUUGGACAGCUACAGAACCUAAGGAAAGAAAAAGAGCUCACAUAGGUGUGAUUCCUCACUUCUUCAUGGCAGUGCUUUAUGUCUUCCUGCACGCUAUUCUUAUAAUGGUUCAAGCAACAACCCUUAAUGUGGCCUUCAACUCCCACAAUAAAUCACUGCUUACCAUCAUGAUGUCCAAUAAUUUCGUUGAAAUAAAAGGAAGUGUUUUCAAGAAGUUUGAGAAGAAUAAUCUUUUUCAAAUGUCAAAUAGUGAUAUAAAGGAGAGGUUCACCAAUUACGUGCUGCUACUAAUUGUAUGUCUAAGAAAUAUGGAACAGUUCUCAUGGAAUCCAGAUCAUCUUUGGGUGUUAUUCCCAGAUGUUUGCAUGGUGGUUGCUUCAGAAAUUGCGGUGGAUAUUGUGAAACACGCCUUUAUAACAAAGUUCAAUGACAUCACAGCAGAUGUCUACAGUGAAUACAGAGCUAGUCUUGCAUUUGACCUUGUUAGCAGUCGACAGAAAAACGCAUAUACAGAUUAUAGUGAUUCAGUUUCCAGAAGAAUGGGUUUCAUUCCUCUUCCACUGGCUGUUUUACUCAUCAGAGUUGUAACAAGCUCCAUAAAAGUACAAGGAGUCUUAGCUUAUGUUUGUGUUGUGCUGUUCUACUGUGGAUUAAUAACUCUAAAAGUCCUUAACAGUAUUGUAUUGCUGGGGAAAUCAUGUCAAUAUGUGAAGGAGGCAAAAAUGGAGGAGAAAUUAUUCAAUCCUGUCCUGACUGCCACCCCAGGGAAACCAGCUGGCAAACAGCAAAGCAUGUUUAAAUCUACUCAAGGAAUUUCCACAGAUGAAAAUGGAUCUACAUCAGUUACCAAUCAGCCGGUGCAUCAGAAGGAGAACAUGCCAUCUUUACUUGUAACAAGCAAUUCUGAUCAAUUUCUGACAACUCCUGAUGGUGAAGAAAAAGAUAUAAGCCAAGACAGUUCAGAAUUGAAACACAGGUCUUCAAAGAAAGACUUGUUGGAGAUAGACAGGUUUACUAUUUGUGGAAACAGAAUUGACUAAGAUUAUUGUUAUUUUUUUUAAUCAAUGUGCUAAGGAUACUGAGCUGUUGGGACAGCAGAUGCUACCAGAAUGGACAGUUGCCAAAAAAGGCACAUAAUAUUUAUUUAAAACUUAAAUUAUUAAUGGCAAAAAAAAAAUUAAUUUCUUUCUACAAGUAACUUGGCUUGGUAUCUGGUCAGGUCAAUAAAUGGUCUUUAACUUGCCUCUUGGAAAAUGUGCUGGAUCCUGAGUCUCUAGCCUGGUGGCAGAGCUGCAGUAUCACUUUUCUGGAAAAUAGACUGGAAAAAAAAGCAUAAUCCUGUUCUGCGUUCUGAAACCAUGCUUCCAGAACAUACUACUUUUCAUGAAGGUUCCUCCAGUAUAAGGACAUUCCUGGAAAUGUAUGACAGCUUGAUCGGAAGCUUGCCUUUCCAGUUACCUUGUUUUAUUAAACAUCUGCAAGCAGAAUUCAAAACUUGUGCUUAUAUCAACAAACGCAUAAAGCAUUGGUACAUAAAACAGUAAGUCAAGAUAGUUGUUCUUGUCAACAAAAAUCUUUUCAAGAUGUAUCUUGAAAAUCUUGUAAUCGGAAUAAAACUUUGCCUUUAAAUGAAA